AGCGACCGAUGCAUUGGUCUGACCCGCUUAGGCCGCUGCGCGACCGAUGCGUUGGUCUGACCCGUUUCAGCUUACUUGGGCGGUGUUUACACAUGCGCAUCAUCGCCUCUUUGGCCCGAGUGGAGCAUUUAACGUAUUAUACUUUUCACGUCCAGCGCCAUGUGUGGAGCUGGCGUCCUGGGUACCCAAGCUUGCUGAGGACCAAUUUCCGUUGGUGCAGUUGGUGGCAGGGUGGCUUGCGAUCGUGGUCUUCGAACCAGCUGUGUUCCCCUGGAGCCGUCUGUUUCCCACGGCCGCUCCAAGGGUUCAGGGGACCCCGCAGGCAAGCAUGGUCUCCGGCACAGGUUUUCUGACAUGUACAUCGUCGACCGCGCGCGGAGGGAUGGUGUUCCCCUCAAUGCCUCAAAACUCGGGAGAAACAUGAAAGCUUGCAUCAGACUCGGAAGCGCGGACGCAGCAUUGACCUUGUUCGACCAAUUGUUGGAGGAGGGAGCCGCUCCCGAUGCACACCACAUUGCCAAGCCCGUAUCCGACAAGUUCUUCAAGCUUGUCGCAGACAAUCUCGGUGCCGAACGUAUGCGAGCAGACGGACUGGGGCUCCUUGAGUUAAUGCAAGCUCACGGGCUUGCACCGUCGAUCGAUACCCAGAACCGCUUGGUCGUUGCGUGGAAGAGCAAGCUUCCAGAGAGCGUGUUGAGUUAUUUCCAUAAGAUGAAGAACGCAGGUGUCGAGAUCAGCAGAAUAGCAUACCACUCCAUCCUGAUGUCGCACGAGAGGUCUGAUCCGAGUGCCACCUUGUUGCUGUUCAAUGAGAUGGACAAGUUAGAAAUUAAGCCCGACGGAGUAGCGUACAAUGCGGUGAUGGGAGCUUGCUGUAAGCUUGGCAUGCGCGACGAGGCUGAACAGUUGUUCAUGCAGAUGGCUGAUCGCGCACUAGUACCUGAUUCAAAGUCCUAUUGCAUCAUGCUCAAAGUCUAUGCGUCUAGUAAUCAGCUGACGCGGGCCAUGUCCAUUUGGGAGACGAUGCGGGAUCAGCGCUUCGAGCCCGAUCGCUACUCCUACCACCACGCAAUAUGUGCUUGCGUCAACCUGCAGCGUAUUGAAUACGCAGUGGAAUUGUAUAAGGACAUGCUUCAGGCGAAGUUGCCCCCCUGCGAUGGCACACGCGCGUAUUUGAGGGCAGCGUGCAACAACUUCGGUUGGAGCUCGAGGGCAAUCGAGGUCAUGACACAUAGCGGAGGCUCUUUGGACGACGAGCGGUCCAGUCAAAGAGCAGGUAGCUGUCUGGUUCCAGUGUGCACGGCUGAAGCCAGGACAUCGAAUCCCGAGUUCGUGUUCGCGUAGUGUCCAGGACGCGUUCCGAGAAAGCCCCCAAUCGACGCAGGGCCGCGUCGUGUCGACCGGCGGCGGCCCAGCCGCGGCGUCAGGAACCGAUGCCGAAGUCGGCGCGACACGAGCCUGCCCUAGAACAUCAUCGUGUCGUUCGUUUCCGUCGGGGGCUGGCAGAAGCGGCGCAGGUUGCAUCGCUCUUGAAACGCUUCGCGACCAUCGCCACGCCAGCGGAACAGCCGAGGAGGAAUCCGCAUCGAUACGUAGCUCCCCGCAGUUGCGG